UAUUUGCUUGUGCGUUUUCUAACAGCUACUGAACGGUGAAAAAAUUAAAACUAAAUAAACGGAAAGCAAACAAAUGAAAAUUAAACCAAGGAAUAUGCACGACACGCACCUACAAAUCAAUGGGCGUUUAAUGUAUAUUACGUUUUUGAGGACAUAAAAUGUAAAUUAAGCGAUAAAACCCCACAAACGGGUCACACAAGUGGUCUUCCGGCAAACAGAGGUAAUAUUAUAAUAUAAAUUUACAUGGUAAUUUUUCACUGCAUUGUCUCACUGGAGUGUCGUCGGUGGAUCAGUGGCAUUGUAAUUUUUUUCUUGUAUUUUUUAUCAUUAUUAUUCAUAGGGUGCAAAUCCGUCGAGUGCAGCAGCUCAACACAAAGCAAAGCAAAAAAAAAUGGGCGUUUUAUGCAAUUCGGUAGUUUUCCUUACCUUACUGUCUUGCGUUUUCGUCGGUUCCAGCUGUUCGACAAUUGCUGGGCUAGAACAUAAGUCGCGAGACAUCUACUAUGAUGUGAUAACCAGGAAAAAAAUACCGAUCGUUCAACGUUUGGGCGACCAACAAGAAGAACCAAACACUUCCAGGUACGGUCGUAUACCCUGUUCGUGUGAGGGCUCAAUGUGUGGCUGUUGUGCAUGGUUUAACGUCCGGUGGUUUAACUUCAACAGAAAAGGAUGCUUCAACCUCACGUACGACCCAAUGGAAUUCGCCAUCAAAGGCAACAUGUUCAUGGAUGACGAAUCUCUGUACGAGUAUCAGAUAUCGGCGAAAAAUCCUCCUCCAGCCUGUCUGCAGGUGCCCGUGCCGUACAUACCCGUCACGGACCUGUGCGUCCAACUGUUCGACGUCUACACCGCCGGCCUGAACAUGCACAUGUGUAUCAAUUUCGUCACGCGCAUCGAGCACGCCGAGCUGCUCGUGCUGGAAUUCGAUUGCGUACAAUUCGGCCGGGACGGAGUGGGCCUGCAGAAAUUCAAUCAGACCGCCUCGUCAAACGCCUCUACCUCCACCUCUACCUCACCCUCCACUCGGGUGAUGUACGAUUCGACGGUGCCCGAUUUCGACCUGAACGUGUUGGAAAUAAACGACACGAUCGCCAAAAUAUGGCGAAAGCGAUAAAGGGACAUAUUUUUAUCAUAAAAUAUUUAUUUAUAAUUAUCAUGUAUAUGUACACGUGUGUAGUGGGCGCGAUCAAUAUGAGCUACAACGGAAAUGUAAAUAAAUAAUCGGAGUGAACAUUUUUUUUUUUUUAUACAAAGCGUACUCGCGGUACACGAUAUAUAUCGUAAGAAUAAAUAGUCGUCUUAUUUAUUUCCAAAAUAAAUUAAUAAAUUAAACAAAUAAAUAAUUUUUUUUUUUCUAUGUACAACCUAAACGUUUUUUGCGAGCCAACCCGGAUCAUACUUUCUUCAUGAAA